CCACAGACUAACCUGUGCCCCAAAACUUCACAAGUCACUGUACAGUCAUGAUGCAGGGUAGCUCAUCGCCCUCCCUGGAGAGAAUUCACUAAACACCCGAGUCUUUCAAAUCAGACUUUUCUCCUGUUACUUCAGUCCUCUACAUGCAUGCUGCUGGCAGGCUGACUACCCUCCCCAAUAUUUCCAGAACCUUCAGAAAUGAUUCGAAUCAACAACACCCAAUACUUCCACUUCCUGCAGCAGGCAGAUGUCCUUCGUCGAUCGGGGACACUCUGCGACGCCAUCAUCUCGGUGCAGAGCCAAACUUUUCAGGCACACCGGUUAGUUCUUGCCUGUGCUAGUAGAGCGUUAGCACAGCACCUAGCCAAAGGUGAUGCAGACAGCCCAGCCCAUUGCAGGUUGGAGUAUUUCUCUCCCCACACGUUCCAGCAAGUUCUGGACUUCACCUACACUCAAGCUCUUGAAGUGCCGGUGAAAGACCUGCAGCAACUGCUGAGAGCUGCCCAGCUCUUAGAAAUGCAGCAGCUGGAGGACCAGUGCCAUAAGCAGCUGAGGAGUCUCAAAGACAGAGAGAAGGAUGAAAAUGGAGAAGCAGUACACCUCACAGAGGAAAAGAAAAGUGGAAAAGAGAAAGAUCAAAAGCAAAAAGGUAGACCGGUUCUUGAGAACAAAGUCCAAAAGACAUCCUCAGAAGAAAAAUCAAGUGUUGACAUUGUCAUGGAAAAUGUUUCACCUACCGAUUCUAUUGACAUCCCCAACAACCAAAAAUCCCCAAGAAGGACGGUGAGAUUGUUCCCGAUGUCAGCAGCACUGUGCAACAGAGAUAGUGUCAUUACCAGGCCCAACACCAGUAAUUCCUCUUUCUCUUCUGCAUGGGCAUUCCCUUCAAACAUGUGGGACUCUGGGAAUCACCUAAACACCUUAAGGCGAAUUGCCGAGAACUAUUCAAACUUCAUCUCAGCUCAUCCCCUUCCAUCUUCCAACCAGACCUCUGUGGUAUACCCAUUCCCCCUUUCUUCUCCACACAUGUUCCCUUUACUCAGUUCCCAUUUUCAUACUCCCCUUCAAAACACUGCACUAGGCUACUCACGCUUUCCCCCCCAUCCCUACGCUCAAAACCUGUGCACGGAGACCCCACGGACGAGCAGCAUGGUCAAGAACGGCCUUUUGAAAAGAAAGAAACUGAGCCAAUCUAGUCAAGCUGGGGAAACGAGAUAUGUCGAAGUGCCUAAAGUCAGAGAAAGAGCUGAAGAGUGUCAACACUGCAGCACAAGAGUCCUCUGUGAUCCAGUGCUGCGGGAGUCAGCCUCCACACAAUUAGGUCAAAGCUGUGAUGGAUGUCAGUUCUGUGGAAGAGACGCUGUGCAACGUGAUGCAAAUGCCAGAGACCACAGAGGAGAAAAACCCUACCAGUGCAAACACUGUCCCAAGAAGUUUAGCCUAAAACACCAGCUCGAUACGCAUCAUCGUGUUCACACCGGAGAGAAGCCGUUUGAGUGUCGUCUCUGUGGUCAACGCUCACGGGACUACUCUGCCAUGAUCAAGCAUCUGCGGACGCAUGGCGGGGCUGCGCCCUACCAGUGCACCGUGUGCCUGGAGUUCUGCAGCAGCCUGGUCGCCAUGCAGAGGCACGUCAAGACCCAUGCAGUGCAGGACUUCCCCCCUGACUGGAGCAUCAACAACACCUACUUGUAUAUCUCACACAUAUGAGACAAUUUUCAUAGACUGUAUCUUCUGUUGGUGAUUCUCGUGUGAGGCUGUUGAAGUUUAAUUUAUAGUACUAAUACUAUAGCUAAAGAUCUGUUUUACCUAAAAAAAAAGGGAAUAUUGAAUAAAAAAAUUUCUCUACUUAGAGGUUUCAAGGGCAAACUGGGCUUUCAGCAUUAUAAUAUCUAUGAGAAAUGAAACUGUUCUCUAUUUGCAUUCACAAUAAUAGGAAAUACAGAUGCAGUAUUUUCCAGUGACAUUAAAGGUUUUGAAAGUGUUUACCAGGCAUUAAAGCCACAUUAGCAUCUAAUCGUUGAUGCAUGACGCAGGAAUCCUCCCUCUGACUUUCAAAAUUAUUGGACCGCUUGUGCGAGCUUUGCAGCUUUGACCCAGGUUUAUAGUGCCCUCUAAAGGACAUGAACUGAUAACAAAAAUCAGCAUUUCCUUGUGAUGAAGCUUUAAAUGCCAUGCUUAAAAUAACACAGGAAAUAUCAGAAUAACCUUUAUUAUCAUUGUACAGUAAAACACAGAACAAUAAACUUUGUUUGUGCUGCAUAUAAAAACAAUACCCACAUUCAUAGUGACAUAUACAUACACCUACCUAUUCAUACAUUCAUAUUACAUGAAUUACUUCAUUACUUUUAGAUACCUGAAAUCCUAUGUAUUUUAUUAAGUAUUCAAUUACUGCGGUGACAAGACUUCAAAAUUGAAAUUCAAAUAAAAAAUAUUGAAUUUUUUUUUUUUAAAUGAAACUGUAGUUUUUAACCAGUAAACAAUUAUUAUUAAUUUAUUUCUAAUAAAACGUUAUCCUAUUUUUUUAUAUAUCAUUCUACAGUAUCACUAUUUAAAAAAAUUGAGUGUAUUCAAACCGAACUGUGAUGCUCUGAUUUAGUUAUUUUUCAUUGUUUUAUCCUGAGCUAAGAGAAACAACUCCAGUCUACUUUUAGCUUUUGCACUGAUCGUGAUUUUUUUCAAGGUCCUAUGAUUAGUAUAAAAAACCAUUUGCAGAUAUGAAUAAUAAAUGAGUGUUUAACACUUUAUCCCCA